AUGAAUCGCACGCUGGUCGAGUGUGCGCGUUGCAUGAUGGAACACGCUGGACUGGGAAAGAGCUACUGGGGUGAAGCAGUGAUGACGGCGAUGUUUCUUCGAAACCGCUGUCCAACACGUGCCAUUCACCAAGACAAGUCUCCAUAUCAAGUGUGGACGAUGAAGAAACCGAUUCUGGCCAACCUUAAAGUGUUUGGAUGCCACGCGUAUGUUCAAGUGCCUCAAGACAAACGCGCGAAGUUCGACUCCAAGUCAUCACUCUGUCGUUUCCUGGGAUACGCCGAACACCAGAAGUCAUAUCGAUUUGAGGAAGUGUCAACAGGAGCGAUCAAGAUCAGUCGCGAUGCCACAUUCAUGGAAGACAAGUUUGAUGAAGGUCCGCGCAACUACAACGAUGAGUCAAGUGUCGUUGAGUUUGAUGAUCAUGAUGAGGACGAAGAAAAAGAAGAAGGUAAAACUGACGACGACAUGGACUCGAGCGACGAUGACAACGAAGACACCAGGUCUUCGAAGAGCAACAUCAAGAGACACACGCGCACUCAAUCACUUGAGAAAGCUACCUUCAUUCCAAGUCCCAAGCGAAGAACGUACAGAUGUCCGUCGCUUGAGCAUGUGUCAGCGGCUGCAAUGGAUUUUGAAGCAGCCUACAUCGUUGAUUCAGUGGGGGAAACGCCGACUACAUUCAAGUCGGCGAUGGAAUCAAGCGACUCCGGCAAGUGGAAAGAAGCGUGUGACUCGGAGUUCGAUUCGCUUCAGAGAAACGACACGUGGGAAAUCGUGCCUCUUCCGAAAGGUCGCAAGGCCAUCGGACUUGUGGCCAAAGGAUUCUCACAGAAAUUCGGAGUUGACUAUGAAGAAACUUUCGCACCGGUGGCCAAGUUCACAUCGAUUCGUGUGGUGCUCAGUAUGGCGGCUAAGUACGGCCUAAUGCUACAUCAGAUGGACGUCAAGACAGCGUUUCUUAACGGCUCCCUCAACGAAGACAUCUACAUGGACCAGCCGGACGGAUACCUGGAUGCAACACAGCCGGACUAUGUGUGCAAGCUAAAGAGAUCACUCUACGGCUUGAAGCAAUCGCCUCGCAUGUGGAACCAAACAAUCGAUGGGUUCAUGAUCAAGAUGGGAUUCAAGAAGUGCGAAUCGGACCACUGCAUCUACAUCAAGCGAGACGACCAAGACAUGAUUCUCGUGGUGCUCUACGUCGAUGAUCUCAUCCUGGCCAGCAGCAACAACGAACUCCUCAAGUCGACCAAGAUGGCGCUGAGCAAACGCUUCGAAAUGACGGAUCUCGGUGAGCUCGAUUACUUUCUCGGCAUGGAGAUCAAGAACGACCGUAAGACGGGAAUGGUGACUGUGCAACAAACCAAGUUUCUCAAGUCCGUGUUAACCAAGUUCGGAAUGGAUAACAGCAAGCCAGUGAAGACGCCUCAAGAUCCCGGCCUGAAGCUAACCAAGAACAUGUGUGAACAAGAAUGCAAGCACGAAGACACCAUGUGCAACGUGCCAUAUCGAAGUGCUGUCGGAGGCAUCAUGUAUCUCAUGGUCGCCACACGUCCGGAUCUAGCUGCUGCAGUGGGAUCAUUAUCCCAGUUCUCGUCCGACCCAUGCCCGACUCACUGGCAAGCUUUGAAGCGUGUGCUGAGAUACCUGCAAGCAACGCCCAAUCAUGGUCUUGAGUUUACACGUGCAGAAGGAAGCCGUAUCUGCGGGUACACCGACGCAGACUGGGCCGGCGACAUUGAGUCAAGACGAAGUACAAGCGGCUAUGUGUUCAUGAUGAGCGGAGGAUGCAUCAGCUGGAAAAGCCAGAAACAACGGACGGUCGCGCUAUCUUCAACAGAAGCAGAAUACAUGGCGCUUUCCGAAGCAACCAAAGAAGCAGUAUGGCUCAAAGUGCUUUUGGGGGAACUUGGUGAGAUGACAAGCGACGAAGCGAUCAAGAUGUAUGAAGACGACCAAGGAUCAAUCGCUCUCGCCAAGAACCCGGAGUUCCAUAAGAGAACAAAACACAUCGACAUACGCUACCAUUUUGUGCGUGAGAAGGUGGAAUCAGGUGAAGUCGUUUUGGAGUAUUGCCCGACUCAAGAUAUGCUGGCAGACAUGAUGACCAAGCCUAUCGCCGCUGUACAAUUUGAAAACAUUCGCGAUCGACUUGGGAUCCAAGGUGCCGCAGCUAACGAGUCGAGAGGGAGUGUUGAAAAGACAGCGGCUGUGAAGAAGACACCUCGUCAAGCUGCGUCAAGUGUUGAAGCAAGUGGAAGACCAAGCUUCGCUAUACCAGUGGGUACCGGUAUGUACCAGUAA